AUGACCUCAGGGACCGAUGAGGCAUUUCGUUGUGAUUUGCUCAUCGCGGAUAUCUUCGCCCGGGGAUGGGGCCGGAGCUGGGCGGAGCUCGGCGAUGCUUGUGCUAAGAGGCUCGUUCAUGGGGCUAGCAGUACUAGCGGUGCUAGCGGAGGAGAUACAAUGGGGGCGAAGUGGCCUGUUGAGAAAGAGGCGCAGACUUUCGACUGGCUCAGAAUUCUCGCAGUGAUGCAGAGAGCCGAACUUGCCUCGAGCGAGAUUUCGAUGUUUUGA